GCGUGAACACCAUUGCUCUUAUCGCAUUGGGAAAUGGGGGCCUGCUGCUGCUGGACCUUUCCUUCUUCCCCGCCUUCCUCCUUGUAUAAUAGUAGUAAUAAUAAUAUCUCUUCUUCUUCUUCUUCUUCUUUAUCGUGGUCAUUGUCAUCAUCCUCCCAUAAUUCCUCCUCUCUUACUCGGUCUUCAAAGACUUUGAAACUAUCCCAGCUCGUCCAUGCCAGCUCCACUCGUUUCAGAAUCACCUGCAGAGCCAAAGACCCAGAAGUUAUGGAUUGCGUGGGGACGGGCCUAGACGUCGAGUGCCUUGUCUGUCCAAAUGAAAAGGAAGAAACGGAAGACGAAAAAGCUAAGGAAGACGAAAGAAACAUAUGGUUGGAGUGGGCGGUGCUGGUCUCCCCAUUCUUCUUCUGGGGCACGGCAAUGGUGGCAAUGAAGGAGGUGUUGCCCAAGACAGGGCCUUUCUUUGUGGCUGCUUUUCGUUUGAUUCCGGCGGGGUUGCUGUUGGUGGCAUUUGCCAAGUCGAGGGGCAGGCCUUCUCCCUCUGGACUCACUGCUUGGCUUUCCAUUGCUGUCUUCGCUCUUGUGGAUGCCACCUGUUUCCAAGGGUUUCUUGCUCAAGGAUUGCAGCGGACUUCUGCUGGUUUGGGCAGUGUGAUAAUUGACUCACAGCCUUUGACAGUAGCUGUGCUUGCAGCCUUGUUAUUCGAUGAGUCCAUUGGAUUAGUAGGAGCUGCAGGACUAGUCCUUGGGGUCAUUGGCCUUCUACUUCUUGAGGUACCUGCAGUUGCAUUGGAUGAAAGUAAUUUUUCACUAUGGGGGAGUGGAGAAUGGUGGAUGUUCCUUGCAGCUCAGAGUAUGGCAGUUGGAACUGUCUUGGUCCGCUGGGUUUCCAAAUACUCUGAUCCUAUCAUGGCAACUGGAUGGCACAUGGUUAUUGGUGGUCUUCCUCUUGUUGGAAUCUCCAUUCUCAAUCAUGAUCCUGUUUUCAGUGGGAGUUUUAAGGAGCUUUCAGCCAGUGAUUUGUUGGCACUCUUUUAUACAUCCAUUUUUGGAAGUGCCAUCAGCUAUGGUGUAUACUUCUACAGUGCUACCAAAGGUAGCUUGACGAAGCUCAGCUCCCUCACCUUCUUGACGCCCAUGUUUGCUUCAAUUUUUGGGUUCUUAUACCUAGGUGAGACCUUCUCACCCUUGCAACUGGUUGGGGCUAUUGUCACCAUAGUUGCCAUAUACGUGGUUAACUUUCGAGACGGUUUACAGUGAAGAACCUGGUCGGUGAAGAUGCAUAAUAUCAGAAAGAGAAUGAUGUUAAAUUCACCUUGAUGAGACGUGAAGAACCUGGACGUGCUUGGAAAGAUGGACGUGAUUUAAGAAAGAGCAUUAAGUCUGAGACGCCUAGCUCAGCUAUUGAAGCAAUUAGUGUCUGUAAAUAUUAUUGCCAGGAUGAUUUACGAGUUUUCUCCAGGUAAGAAUAGAUGAAGGUCGUUUUUUCAGGGCUACAAUAUAAUGUUAGACUGCUCUUUUAACUGCACCAGUUUUAUUAUGGCAAAAUGCAACUAAAUUGAGUGUAAAUACUUUUUUUUCAAAAAAUUAUUAAUUUAAUUCCAAAUAGUAAAUUCAACUCGAA